GAAGAAUAAGAAAAAAAAAAAAAAAGAAAAAGAAAAAAAAAAUAUUUUCAAAGAAAAAUGAUAGGACCAUCGUCGAACAACGGUAACGUUUCGAAUCACGAUACGAUCGUAAAUGGCCAAGGUGGUAGAUCGUCGAAAAGAAAGAUCUACGAGGAUCUAGAUGUAAAUAGUUUUUGCGAGGAAUUAUGGCAAAACGGUAGAAAACGUUAUUUGCAAGAAUUAGAAACACCGAUAGAAUUGAUAAUGUCGAACGAUCUUAUUUCGGACGAUAAUAAUACGUCAUUUUUUACUACAAACAAUUCAACGAUCAGUCAGGAUAAUAAUAACGACGAACGUUCCUCAUCCGUAACGCGUUUGAAGGUAUUAGUUGUAGACGGUACCAAUUAUUCUUGGACGACGUUAUCCGAUUUGGAAAGUCAACGUAUACAGGAACAAGUAACAGAAUUGACAAACAAUUGUACGACAACAAUAUCGUCACCUUCAUCGUCAUCAUCGUCAUCGUUAUCUUCAUCGUCGUCAUUAUCGUCAUCGAUUUCGUUGGAAGGACACGCUAAUUCCGAUAUAAUUUAUACCGAUUUACGUACCAUCGACGAUACACAAAAUAAUUAUCAACAAGUAAUACGUAAUGGUUUAUGGGAACCCGAAAAUCAUCACCAUCAUCAUCACCAUCAUCAUCAUCAAUCGUUGAUCACUUUACCUACAUCGAAUAAUAAAAUAAAAUCUCAACAAAAUUCUAUACAAUCUUUAACGAAUAAUAAUGAUAAUCAACAACAACAACCACAACAACCACAACAACAACAACAACAGCAGUAUCAUCAAUUCGAUGAUCAAGAGGAAAAUGGUAAUCUUUCAUGGUUGUUGGAUUUUAAAUUAGAUCCUUUCAUCGAAGCUGCUGCUGACGAUAAAAUAUAUAACAAUGGGAUAGAUCUGAAGGAUAAUUAUUCCGGAAAUAAAAGUAAAGGAAAUAAUAAUCAUCGUGGUAAUGGAUCAAUGAUCUAUACGAUAGAUUCUAAAAAAUUAUAUAACAAUAAUCAAGAUAAUUCAACGAUUACUAAUCAGAAAUCUUCUUACGUUAAUUCGGACACUAAUAAUCAUCAUCAAGAUUUUUCAUCUACUAAUAACAACAAUAACAACAACAACAAUAACAACAACAGUAAUAAUAAUAAUAAUAAUUGUCCAAAAAAGCCACCGUUCACUUAUACCGAAUUAAUCGAACACGCGCUGCAAGAGAGAGGAGAACUUACCGUUUCAGCGAUUUAUCAAUGGAUUUCGGAACACUUUCCUUAUUACAAAAGUAAUGACGAUCGUUGGAAAAAUUCUGUGAGACAUAAUCUUUCGAUAAAUCCACAUUUUCGAAAAGGAUCUAAAGCCCCACAUGGUGCUGGGCAUUUAUGGGCUAUAGCCAAUCGUAGUGAUACCAGACCACAUCAAAUCAUUACAACUGAUCCGACAAAAUCAUUAUCACGAUCGAUCAUAAAGGACGUUGAUUAUGGCAAUUCUCGACGACAUGAUACUACCAACAGUGAAAUAGGUUUAUUAGACGAAAUAGAGGCUGCUACAGCAAGUAUUACACGUCAAUCUUCCGAAGAGGAUACCGACGAUAUCGUUAAUUCUACGACAUUGGAACAUUGUGCGGAACAAAUAUUAAGUGGUAUCAAAAAAGAAGUUGAGGUACAAUAUUUGGUACCAAUGAUGGUGUCCAAUGGUACGUGUCAAGGAACACAACAACAAAAUACAACACAAACAACUAAUUUUGAUUGCACUAUAAAAGAAAGCGACUUUUUAAAUCCAAUUUCGAAGGAAGUAGUAGCCGAGGAAUGUGGACUGAUAAGCGAAGGUUUUCUGGUAACCGAUAUGGGCUCAACGGGUUUAGGUUUAAACAUGGUAGAAUCCGAAAUAAUAUCACCCGAGAAUUUGUUCGGGGAGGAAUUAAAUUUUCAAUUCUACGAAUUGUCAUCGCCGUCCCAAUUGCAAUCUGCUUGACACACGGACAACAAUAACGAAUUACACGUGAUUUUGAUAGACGAGUUACAAAUACAGGACAUUCAAGUAUGCGAAAAUAUAACAAUUACCAGCGAUUGUACGAGUCACAGUGUAACAUAAAAAGUAUGCGAAAAUGAGGAAAAAAAGAAAAAAAAAAGAAAAAAAUAAGAAAAAAAUGAAAAAAAAAAAAAGGAAAAAAAGAUUAAUUGAUUUGAUAAGGGAAUUAUAAUAUAGUUUUUACGAUGUCCAUUACCGACAUCUGCUUUACCGACACGUCAUUACGUCCGAAAUGAAAAAUGUCAUAUCUCUUGCCUUUUGAGAUCUUAUAUCUGGAUCUUAAUAUAUAUAUAUAUAUACCUAUGUGUUAAAAAUAAGAAAAUAUUAUCAUUUAUAUAAC